GGAUGCUGCUGCUACUGUCACUUCUGCCGCUGCCGCCGUUGUUACAGAUUUUGCUUUUGCUCCUUCUACCGCAUGACAAUUGUUUUCCUCGUCUAAGCAGAUACCAGCCUCAGAUGCUCAAGGUGAGAGUCUUGCCUUUCGCUCUGGGCUACUGGUUCACUUAAUUUGCUCAAUUUGUUUGGUGUUUGUGGCUUUCUUUCUCUCUUGACCCUCCUUCACCUUGUUUUGUUUUGUUGUGCUUGCUUCUGGGGGGAUGUUUCUUCCUUCCUGCAGAAGAGCUGGAAUUGCUUGAGGGGUAUUUAAGGAAUUAUAGAAGUGGCCGGCAAACAGGAGCUCAGUAAUUGCAAAGCUAGUCUUGCUUCAGAGAGGCAGAGAGAGCGACAGAGUGUUUGGGGGCAGGGGUGUUAGUGUCUCUUUUUUCCUGCGUGUUACUCCUCUCCCAGUUUGGAUGAUGUUGCUGAGCUUGGACCUUUUAUUGACUCCCACUCUGUGAUUUCUGCAGAGCACUGUGACUAUUACAUCUCUUUUUGUCUGUGUCUCAUAGUAAUGGACUGUGAUAUAGUUAAGGCCUUUUGGAGGUGAGCUGUUUGAGAGCUGAUGCUUAAACAUGUCUGAAGUAGCUGCCGACACUUUCCCCAGCCCCUCAGCUCAGCUGAGCCCUGAUGCAUCCCUCAACGGGCUCCCGGCUGAGGAGAACAUGCCGGGGACCCAAAGAGAGGACAGGAGGGUCCAGGGAAUAGCAGGCCUUGCCACGACCUGCUGUGUGUGCCUGGAGGCAGAGCGACUGAAGGGCUGCCUCAACUCUGAAAAGAUCUGCAUCGCCCCUAUCCUGGCUUGCCUGCUCAGCCUUUGCCUCUGCAUUGCUGGCCUCAAGUGGGUCUUUGUGGACAAGAUUUUUGAGUAUGACUCUCCUACCCACCUUGACCCUGGGAGGAUAGGACAAGACCCAAAGAGCGCUGUGGAUCCUACAGCUCUGUCUGCCUGGGUGCCUUCGGAGGUGUAUGCCUCACCCUUCCCCGUUCCUAGCCCCAAGAGCAAGGCUGAAGUGACAGUGCAAAAUGACAGCUCGUUUGUGCCCUCCAAACCAUUCCUCCAGCCUUCUCUGUAUAACCGCAUCCUAGAUGUUGGGUUGUUGUCCUCUGCCACACCUUCGCUGUCACCACCCGCCUUGGAGCCUACCACAACGUCUCAGGCGCAAGCAACAGAAACCAAUCUCCAAACUGCUCCAAAACUUUCUACUUCUACAUCUACAACGGGGACAAGUCAUCUCACAAAAUGUGACGUAAAGCAGAAAGCCUUCUGCGUAAAUGGGGGAGAGUGCUACAUGGUUAAAGACCUCCCAAACCCCCCAAGAUACCUGUGCAGGUGCCCAAAUGAAUUUACUGGUGAUCGCUGCCAAAACUACGUAAUGGCCAGCUUCUACAAGCACCUUGGGAUUGAAUUUAUGGAAGCUGAGGAACUGUACCAGAAACGGGUGCUGACCAUAACUGGCAUUUGCAUUGCUCUUCUAGUAGUUGGCAUCAUGUGUGUGGUGGCCUACUGCAAAACCAAGAAGCAGAGGAAAAAGUUGCACGACCGCCUUCGGCAGAGCCUGCGCUCCGAAAGGAACAAUGUGACAAACAUGGCCAACGGGCCGCACCGCCCCAACCCUCCACCGGAUAACGUCCAGCUAGUGAAUCAGUACGUUUCAAAAAAUGUAAUCUCCAGCGAGCAGGUCAUCGAACGAGAAACAGAGACCUCAUUUUCUACGAGCCACUACACCUCAACAACACAUCACUCCGUGACAGUCACCCAGACAUCCAGCCACAGCUGGAGCAAUGGCCACACCGAAAGCAUCCUCUCUGAAAGCCACUCUGUGCUCGUCAGCUCAUCCAUGGAAAACAGUAGGCAUGCCAGCCCAUCAGGACCCCGGGGCCGCCUCAGUGGCAUUGGCGGGCCACGGGAAGGAAACAGCUUCCUCCGGCAUGCAAGAGAGACCCCUGACUCCUACCGAGAUUCUCCUCACAGUGAAAGGUAUGUCUCAGCUAUGACCACACCAGCUCGCAUGUCACCCAUCGAAUUCCACACUCCAACUUCUCCCAAGUCACGCCCCUCCAAAAUGUCACCACUGGCUUCCAGCUUGACCGUGUCCAUCCCUUCAGUGGCAGUGAGUCCCUUCAUAGAAGAGGAGCGACCGUUGCUCCUGGUGACCCCACUGCAGCUACAUGAGAAGUAUGACCAACACCUUCAGCAGUUUAAUUCCUUCCACCACAAUGCUGCUCAUGAGAGCAACAGCCUGCCACCAAGUCCUCUGCAGAUAGUGGAAGACGAGGAAUACGAGACCACACAGGAGUAUGAACCAGCACAGGAGCCUCCAAAGAAACUCGCCAACAGCCGAAGGAUCAAAAGAACAAAGCCAAAUGGCCACAUUUCCAGCAGGGUGGAAGCAGACUCCGACACAAGCUCUGACAGCAGCAGCUCCGAGACUGAAACCGAAGAUGAAAGAAUAGGCGAGGAUACACCGUUUCUGAGCAUACCGAAUGCCGUGGCAACCAGUCUGGAGCCAACUGCUGCCUACCGGAUGGCUGAAAGCAGGACUAACCCAGCGAACCGCUUCUCCACACCAGAAGAGUUGCAAACAAGGUUGUCCAGUGUGAUAGCUAACCAAGACCCUAUUGCUGUAUAAAACAUAAACCACAUAGAUUCACAUGUAAAACUUUAUUUUAUAUAAUGAAGUAUUCCACCUUUAAAUUAAACAAUUUAUUUUAUUUUAGCAAUUCCGCUGAUAGAAAACAGGAGAGGGAAAAAAACUUUUAUAAAUUAAAUAUACCUAUGUACAAAUGUGUUAUGUGCCAUAUGUAGCAAUUUUUUACAGUAUUUCAAAAAUGGGGAAGAUAUCAAUGGUGCCUUUAUGUUAUGUUACGUUAAGAGCAAGUUUUGUACAGUUACAAUGAUGGCUGUCCCAUAGUAUUUUGCAAAACCUUCUAGCCCUCAGUUGUCCUGGCUUUUUUGUGCACUGCAUUAUAAUAACUGGUGUAUGAUUUGCAAGAGUCGCAGAAGUCCCUCUGGUCGCUUGCUGUAGAAUCCCCAGAUCAAAAAGCCCUGUGAUGGCACUACCACCUUACCCACCCCACCAGAAAAAUACACAUACACACGGGAGAAAAAAAGGAAAAAAAAAAAAGAAGAAAAAAAAACAGGAAAAAAAAAGCUGAGAAAAAUAACAAAAAAAAUAUUUUCUUCUAUAAGAAGUUUUAUUUGCUUUCCGUAUAUGAGAUGAGUUUUGUCUGCUCUCUGCCAGCCAAAAGGUUUGCUUCUUUGAGCACUGGAAUAAUAGUAGAUCCAACAGCAUGCUACUAUUAAUUACAGCAGGAUAACAAAAAAAAAAAGCGCCAACCUGCAUUAAAUAAUGUUACUUAUAGAACGAAAGUAAUGCUGUGAUUUUAAACCAAAUAUAUUAUUAAUCAGAGGUCAGCUUGUAAUCACUAGGAGCUGCCAUUUCAUUAUUUUACAGAUAUUAAUUGUUCUAGUUAUCCCUUAGAAAAUGGGCUUAGGUUAGCUGAGGCUUUGAACCCAAUACUCUAUUUAAAAAAAGAAAAAACAAGAAAAAAAAA